AUGAAUGGAGAAGCUGCUUCAGCAUCGGGAACGCACGGAAAUUCUGAUGCACAAAUAGCACUCCACGCAGUCGUGCCACUAUCAACUUGUCCGCAUCUCGAAGAAGUUCGUCCUUUGCCAGAAGACGGCAUAAGUGCGGCAUCACUGUGCGCUGAAUGCGCUUCAUCUGAUGAGAAUUGGGUAUGUCUGACGUGCUAUGAGGUAAACUGUGGUAGAUACGUGAAUGGUCACGCUGUGGUUCAUUGUAAUCGCAGUGGCCAUUCUAUGGCUUUGAGUCUCACCGACAUAUCGGUGUGGUGUUACAACUGCGAGAGCUAUGUUCACAACGAGCUCUUAAUUCCGGCAAAGAAUGAGGUUCACCGUUCAAAAUUUGGCGUAUCUUUGCCAACGGGUGCAGAAUGA